GGCUCCGGAUCCCAGUCUCAGUCCUGCUCCCGGUCUCGGUCCGGGGAUGUAAACCGCCCGUUCCCGGUGCUCCGCUGGUUUCACGCCCUCAGGAUUGCGGCCCCGAGUCCGGAAUCUGAAUUCGGGAGAAAUUGGAGCGAGAGAAGGAUCAAACCGGACCGGGUGCGGAAAGAUUUGUUUCCAUGAAGUCUGGACAUGGUCAACGUCAUAAAUUGGAAUAAUAUUGUCUGAGAUUAUGGAUUUAUUGAAGAAAUCCCAGUCUAAUUGCCAAGGUAUGUUUCUGUGGUUUCACGUGGUGUCAGGAUUCUUGAUUGGAUGGAGUAUGGCAAAGUCAGAUGAACCUCUCAUUCUUCAAAUUGAUGAGGAACAGCCACCUUUUACCAUCAUUGGAGAUAUCAAUGCAGGCCUGCCUCCUGGGCAUACAACUAGUAGCUUCUUCAUUCACGAGACUGAAGGAACAGGCAUGUCGUCAGACUUAAUUAUUGAUGAAACCACCGGGAUUAUCAAAACAGCCAAAGUGUUGGAUCAUGAGUCCAGAGAUAAGUACAAGUUUGUGGCUGUAAACUGGGGAGGUGAUGCGGUGGAGGUGGUUAUAAUCGUCAAUGAUAUCAAUGAUAACUCUCCAGUUUUUCCGAGCAGGGAAAUGAAACUGAACGUACCUGAACAAACACCUGUGGGAACACGUUUUCGUUUGGAUUCAGCUAUUGAUGCAGACGGAGGUCAGUUUAGUACACAGGGCUAUCUUAUUAAAGAUGGAAAUGUGGGGCAAGCCUUUCGGCUUGAAACUAAGAAACUUGCAGAAACACUGGACCUGGAAUUAGUAGUCAAUAAUCCCCUGGACAGGGAGAAGAGAUCCACUUACACUUUAGUCAUUGAAGCCUUUGAUGGUGGAACUCCCCGCAGAACCAGUCAGAUGACCCUGGAUGUCUCCAUUUUGGAUGUAAAUGAUAAUGCUCCAAGAUUCAAUCAGACUCGAUACUAUACCAUGAUCUCAGAGAGCCUACAACCUGGCAGCAGUCUUCUGCAGGUCUUUGCCACAGAUAUGGAUGAGGGAAAUAAUGGUGUGGUCAUUUAUGACAUCAACAGGAGGCAGAGCGAUCCCAAUCAGUAUUUUGUUAUUGAUUCUAAGACAGGCAUUAUCAAGUUAAAUAAAGGUUUGGACUAUGAAAUGAAGAAAGUUCAUGAGCUCGUGGUCCAAGCCAGAGAUAAUGCCACACAUCCUGAAGUAACAACAGCAUUUGUAACAGUCCAGGUAAAGGAUUAUAAUGAUAACCAGCCCACACUCACCAUCAUCUUUCUUAGUGAAGAUGGUUCACCUCAUAUAUCAGAGGGAGCUCAGCCAGGCCAAUUUGUGGCCAGGAUCUCUGUAUCUGAUCCUGACUAUGGAGAAUAUGCCAAAGUCAAUGUAUCUCUGGAUGGUGGUGAUGGUAAAUUUGGGUUGACUACAAAGGACAAUAUUAUUUACUUGAUUUGUGUAGACCAGAUGUUAGACAGAGAGGAGAAGGAUACUUACCAGCUGAGUGUCACUGCAACUGAUUCUGGAACACCACCGUUGAGGGCGGAAUCCACAUUUACCAUCCAUGUAACCGAUGUUAAUGACAAUCCUCCGGUCUUUGAUCGCUCUGGGUAUCGACAGUCUAUCCCAGAGGUUCUGUAUCCUGGCAGCUUUGUGCUACAAGUAACAGCAACAGAUAAAGAUGAGGGCAGUAACGGUGAAGUUGUGUACAGUAUUACAAGUAAUGCAAACUCCCACUCUGAAUGGUUCACCAUCGAUCAAACGACUGGUGUUAUUACCACGGCAGCAACUUUGGAUUACGAAACAGAUCCUAUUCCCAGGCUGGUGGUGACAGCCACUGAUCGAGGAAAUCCUCCCAUGUUCUCCUCUGUUACUGUCACUAUUGCCAUCCAGGAUGUGAAUGAUAACGAGCCUGUGUUCAGCCGCAAUUUUUAUAACACAUCAAUCAAAGAACAUGUUCCAAUGGGGACCUGCUUCCUCCAGGUCUCGGCCACAGAUGCUGACAGUGGGAGCUUUGGAGCCAUCACUUAUUCCAUCGGCUCUGGCAUUGGCAGUUCGCCUCCUGUUCAGUUCAGUAUUGACCAAUACUCUGGCAGAAUUUGCACCACAAGCCAACUGGAUCGAGAUGAGGGGCCCAAUCAUUAUGAAUUCACAGUGACAGCAAUUGAUGGGGGUGGCCUGAAGUCAAUGGCCUAUGUGAAAGUUUACGUGGACGAUAUCAAUGACAACAGGCCGCUGUUUUACCCAGCCCAGUAUGCAGCCAGCCUCAGCACACAGAGUUUACCAGGCACUGCUGUGCUCAGAGUAUCUGCUUUUGAUAAGGAUGUUGGACGGAAUGGAAAAGUGACCUAUCAGAUUGUAUCAGGAAACCUGCUGUCAUUAUUCACACUGAACAGGGCCACAGGUGUCCUGUCCCUUGUUGCUCAUGUACAUGACAGGGCAGGGACAGUCCAGCAACUGGUCAUCUCGGCCCAGGAUGCAGGAGGCCUCACAUCAUUGGUCAAUGCCAUGGUGAACAUCAGCAUCGUUUCGGGUACAGUCUCACCACCACUCUUUGAACAAGCUCAGUAUUUCUUCACCAUCCCUGAAGAUGUGAGGAGAGGGUCCCAUAUUGGCUCUGUCAGGGCUGUAAACUCUCCAGGUCACUCAGGCUCUAUCUCGUACACAAUUUCUUCUGGAGAUCCCAAUGGUUACUUUGCAAUUGGUGUUAGCUCGGGUUUGAUCCGGACCAGCAUUCCGUUGAACCAUGAGUCUCAUCCUGUUGUGAUUCUGGAUGUUCAGGCUAGCAGUGGUUCCCCUCCUGCCUAUAGCAGUACGAAAGUCAAGAUCACAAUAUCUGACAUCAAUGAUAACACACCGACGUUCCCCACCUCUUCUGAGUCGAUUCUGGUUCCAGAGAACACAGAGAUCGGCUCUGUUAUCUAUACUGUACAUGCAGACGAUCAGGAUAGUGGAGCCAAUGGCCAGGUGCAGUUCGACAUUGUUUCUAAUGAAGACAGGACAUUCAGCAUCGACCGAACAUCUGGGAAGCUGCGCAUGAUCGGAUCUUUGAGCUACGAAACGCUUCCACGCUAUGACCUGAAAAUUGUGGCUAAAGACAGUGGAGCUCCACAGCUCAGUUCCACCUUCACAUUAAUCAUUCACAUUCAGGACGAGAGUGAUAACGCCCCAAUCUUUGAGACAUUGACCUACAGGGUUGAGGUCAAAGAAGGGACAGCUGUUAACACUCGCUUUCUCCAGGUCCGGGCCCUGAGUCAGGACAGCAGAGACAGCCAUAUCACUUACCACCUGCAGACUGAUGGUGACUCAGCCAAUUUCGGAAUCCUUUCUGAGAGUGGCUGGUUAUAUGUGAAAAGUGCCCUGGACCGUGAGAACAAAGACCUUUUCAGUUUGACUGUAGUGGCUUCGAGUACUGAGGGUGACCAGAGGAAAACAGGGACUGCCAUGGUGCGAGUCUGUAUCACUGAUGAGAAUGACAAUGCACCAAAGCUCAGUGAGGACCAAUACUUUUUCACCAUCCAGGAGAACAUGCCACCUUCAUCACCCAUUGGACGGAUCCUAGCAACCGAUCGUGACCAUGGGAUUAACAGCAAACUCACCUACAGACUGCUCCCAGCACAUUCCAGCUUUCAAAUUGACUCCUUCACCGGUGAGAUAAGCUCAAGGAUAACUUUUGAUCGAGAGAUUCAGGCCAGUCACCAGGUAACUGUGCUGGUUCAAGAUGGUGGGACCCCUCAUCGCAGCGUUACCGGAUCGGUCUACAUAAUGGUUUUAGACGAGAACGAUAAUGCACCCACCUUCACCAAUGUGCCAAUGGGAAAGGAGCUAGUUGUUCAGGUUAUUGAAGCAAAUCAAUCAGGAAACCUGGUGACAACUUUACAGGCUAAGGAUGCAGAUGAGGGGGAGAAUGGCACUGUUGUUUACUCCUUGGCAGGACCAUGGGCCCAGCUUUUCUCUCUUCACCCAACCUCUGGUGAACUCCGGACAGCCACAGCACUGUACAGGCUCGAGAGGCAUGAGUAUGAGUUGACAGUUCUGGCCACUGACCGUGGACAGCUGUCUCAGACCACAUCCCUCGCUGUCCGUGUCCAGGUACUGAGCUCUGCCAACAACCUACCUCAGUCUGGUAGCAACUCUCUCACCUUCAGUUCCAUUGAAGGGAUGGCCCCAGGCUCUGUCAUUGGUUCAGUGGCCUCCCAGGAUGCUUCAAGGCAUGCCAAUGGGCAGGUGACGUACACCCUAGUGGGUGGAACAGAUGUGGAUGGGAGAUUUGUUGUGGACAGAUUCGCAGGUGACAUUUACUUGGCCCAGGAGCUGGAUUACGAAUUGGGCUCACAUUACCAACUGGAGAUUGCAAUUGAAGACCUGAGUACAGCUCUCCCCCACAGCACUCUCACCAUUGUCGACAUUAAUAUUGAGGAUCGUAAUGAAUACGCACCACAGUUUGCUGAGGACCCCAUCACUCUGGUCGUCAAUGAGAAUGCAGUAGUCGGUACCUCCAUCUACACUUUCCAGGCAGUCGAUAAAGAUGGAAGUGGUCCCAACAGCCAGGUCCUGUACACUCUCCUCCAACAAACUCCCCCUGGGAACGUGCUCCACAUUGAUCCCAGGACCGGAAUACUGACAGCAGCAGCAGCUAUUGACCGGGAGACCACUCCAUUCUUCUUGCUGGUGGUACAAGCCAUGGACCAAACAGUGGAGAGCACCCAACGCAAGUCCUCAGCUGUAACAGUUCGUGUCUUUGUGACUGACGAGAAUGACAAUGAGCCCCAGUUCCUGUCACCAUCAGUUCUCCAGGUCAUGGAGGAUCAGCCCAUUGGCAAUAUCAUCUCUUACAUCGUCGCCCAGGAUGCUGACCUGGGAGAGAACAGCCGACUCAGUUACCGGAUCAAAUCUGGAUUGGGAGCUAACAAGCUACGACUCAAUCCAACAACAGGGGCCUUGUCCAUUGUGAAAGAGCUGGAUUGUGAAGAGCAAAGUUGGAUUAACCUGACGAUUGAGGCCUCAGACCACGGAACAUUCCGGCGCUCAGCCACCCAGCUGCUGCACAUUCAGCUGAUUGACGUCAAUGAUGAGGUGCCAACGUUUGAUAAGAAACUUUAUGAAGCCAGUGUCCUGGAGAAUCAAGUGGCUGGCACUCGGGUCAUUCAGAUACAUGCCACUGACAGGGACCAAGGUUUGAAUGGUGUCCUGAGAUAUGGAGGGCUGGUGGAUGACAGCUUCUCUAUUGACCCAGUGACUGGUAUCGUAACAACCAUUCGAGCCUUAGACAGAGAGCAACAGGAACACUACCAACUCACAGUUUAUGCUAAAGAUAGCGGGAGCCCUCCCAAUGUUGCUACAGUGACAGUGUCCAUCAAGAUCAAAGAUGAGAAUGACAACAGGCCCAGGUUUGAGAAGGACAUGUAUGAGUUGCAAGUUCCAGAAAACCAGGAGCCAGUCCCACUCUUCACAGUGAAGGCAACAGAUGAGGAUUUGGGUGAAAAUGGACGUGUGCGAUAUGAGAUCAUUGAUGGAGAUGCAAAUGGCCAUUUUCACAUUGACAGGAACAUGGGGCUUUUGUCUACAAGCAGUGGCCUUGACAGAGAAUCGGUUCCAUUUUACACUCUGACCAUUGUGGCUAAGGACCAUGGAAGCCCACAAUCAAGCAGCACGGUCUCUGUCCAUGUUACAGUGCUAGAUAUCAACGAUAACAGCCCCACUUUCCCACAGUCUUCCUACAGCAUUGACAUUGCAGAGGAUAGUGCAGUGGGCACAGUGCUUCUGGAAAUUUCUGCAACAGAUGGUGAUGAGGGAUCGAAUGGUGAUGUCCUGUAUUAUCUGAGCAGUGAAUCUCAGGGUGUGUUUCACAUUGAUGAGAGGGGAAAGAUUCGCACUGUCAUGUCUUUGGACCGGGAGCGACAGUCCAGCUACACCUUCCUGGUUCGAGGUGUUGACUCAGCUCCCGCAGAACCCAGGAGCUGCACGGCUCGGGUUGAAGUCAAUGUGAGGGACGUAAAUGACCAUUCUCCACAUUUUGUCAUUGACCCCCUCAUUGUAAACAUCUCCAAACACACACCUGUCAAUCAUCUUGUAGCCACCAUGAAGGCAGACGACAAAGACUUUGGUGCCAAUGCGUCCAUAUUCUACCGCUUCCUGACAGCAGUUUCUGGGUUCACCAUCAAUUCCUUCACCGGGGAAAUUCGCCUGUUGUCACCGCUGUCUACGCUGAGUCAGAGCGAACGGACACUGUUUGUGGUCGCAACAGACCAGGGCUCCCCAGCUCUCUCCUCCACUGGCGUCAUCAUCAUCCACCUGAGGGAGCAGCAACACCGUGGCCUGCGCUUCCGCCGCAGCAUCAGCAAUGUACCUUUGGCAGAGAACGCUGCAACCGGUACAUCUGUCGUGAAGGUUGAGGCCCAACAUCCAGAUGGCUCACACGGAGGAAUCUUCUACAGUAUCUUCAGCGGCAAUGAGAGAGACGCCUUCACCAUUCAUUCUGAUACAGGAGACAUCACAGUGAAAAGUCCCUCAGCGCUUGACUAUGAACAAACUCCAAAGAUGCGACUUGUGGUGAAAGCUGAGUCUACAUCCUCGUUUGUGUUCACUGCCAUCACCCUCAGCCUCCACGAUGUCAAUGACAACAUGCCACAGUUCCAGCUGCAGAACUACAUCACUUACAUCUGGGAGGCUCGAGGUUAUCAUUCACCCAUUACCCAGGUAUUGGCCAAUGAUUUGGACCAGGGUCAGAAUGGGGAAGUCUCUUACACCAUCUCAGCUUCAGCCCAGAGUGACCUCUUCCAAAUCAACCCCGUAACUGGUCACAUCAGCACAGCUGCGAUCAUGGACCGAGAGAUCUGGCCAGAGACUCAGUUGAUUGUGUCAGCCACAGAUCGAGGGUCUCCGAGGCUGGUGGGCACUGCCACACUCACCGUUAUCGUUCUGGAUCUGAAUGACAACAGCCCCACCAUCCCAUUACCAAAGCUGGUGCGAGUUCCAGAGAAUGCACUAAUUGGAUCUGAGAUCACUGAGGUGACAGGAAAUGAUGUGGAUUCAGGUCCGGUGUUGUCCUACAGUCUGCUGACGGACACAGAGAAAUUUAGUAUUCAUCGCUACCGGGGAAUCAUCUCGUUGUCAGACAGGCUGGACUUUGAGGAACAAAGCUGGUACAUGCUGACUGUCCGAACAUCCGACUCCAAACAUGGCACUGAGGCCAACAUCACCAUCAUUGUCGAGGAUAUCAAUGACAAUCCCCCUGUCUUUGUGCAGCCUUUGUAUCAGGUUUCGAUGUCAGAGUUUGCGAGCUCUGGGAGCAGUGUUGUUACCGUAACAGCCACUGACCGUGAUCCUGGUGAAAACGGGGAAAUAGUGUACAGCCUGAAAUCCCCCACAACCGCAGCAUUUUCCAUUGACCCUCAUAAUGGGACCCUGUUUACUGUGCGGGAUAUGGAUUUGAGGCUGACUGAACCUUUGGACCUAGUGAUUGAGGCUCGAGACCGUGGCAUCCCACCUCUCUCUUCUUUUACCACAGUCCAGAUCCAGGUGCUGGACAUCAAUGACCACUCUCCGUCCUUCACCCAGCCCCAGUACACAGCCCAGGUCCGUGAGGACCUGCCCCCAGGAAGCACCAUCCUGACUCUAGAGGCCAUUGACUUGGAUUCCUCCUGGGAUAACAGUGGCCUCGACUAUACUAUCGUCAGCGGUGACACCGGCAAUGUUUUCCAGCUGCAGAGCCAACUGCAGGUUAUAGAUGGUCACUUUAAGACAACUGCCUCCCUCAUACUGCUCGACAGGUUGGAUUUUGAAACUGCCACUCAGUACAAUUUAACCAUCGCAUCAUCUGACUACGGGGUCCCUCAACGGAGCGCACACGUCUCUGCCAUCAUUACUGUACAAGAUGUCAAUGACAACGCUCCUGUCUUUAACCGUACUCAAUACAAAGUGAUGGUGAGUGAGGAUGUUGCCGUAGGGACCGAGAUUGUCCGAGUGGCAGCACACGAUCUUGAUUCUGGGGGAAACCCGGUGUUGCAAUACAGCAUCAGCUCAGGUGAUGAAGACACACAAUUUGAGGUGGGUCAGAGAACGGGGAUUGUCAAACUGCGCAAAGCCCUGGAUCGAGAGGCAUGGUCUCGGCACGUGGUCAUUAUCCAGGUGACCGAUAGCCAGGGCCCUCGGCCCAACUUUGCACUGGUCCCAUUGACAGUGGAGCUGAAGGACGUGAAUGACAAUCAGCCCUUCUUCCCGAUGGAAACACUAAGUGCCAACAUCCGAGAGAAUUUGCCAGCACACUCGCUCGUGACCAAAGUCCAUGCCAUUGAUUUUGACUGUGGAAUUUUUGGUGAGUUACAAUAUUCCAUCAUCAGCCAGCCUAUCUCGCUGACAGGCUUCGGGAAAGACAAAGAAAUGUUUGACAUUAACCAGCUGACCGGAGAGCUCCGCACGAGACUCUCAUUUGAUUUUGAGAAGGUGAACUCCUUUCAGGUUAUGGUGAAAGCAGUGGAUUCUGGGAACUCCUCAGCCACUGUCACUGUCCAGGUCCAUGUUACGGGGGAGGAUGAGUACGAUCCCAUCUUUGUCAACCCAGAGUAUAGCUUUGUUGUCCCAGAGAAUGCAAAAAAGGGUCAGAGCAUUGGGCAAAUGAUAGCUACAGAUGAGGAUGGAGGUCUCGAUGGGAUUGUCCUGUAUUCGCUGUUAACCCCAUCACAGUAUUUUGAGGUGAACAAAACUACAGGUGACAUCAUCCUCAGGAUGGACAGUCAGAGACACCAGGGCAAGCGGUCAAAAAGAGAAACUCGGACAAUGGCCCUGACCAUCCAGGCCAAGAGCCCUCUGGUAUCCUCCCGAUUCGCCACCGCCAAGGCCAAUAUUGACAUCACUCAGACCUCAUUUGGAUUAAAAGCUGAGUUCAACUGGAUGCUGAUCGUUGCCUUGGCAGCAUCAUUGGGAGUUGGAGGGAUACUUGCUGUCAUUGGCUUGGCCCUGGUGAUCAUCCGAGCCAGGAGGAGGAAGAACCACGAGGCAAGCAGCGGUUCACAGCUUGAUAACAUUCCAGAGCCCAGCUUCCAGAAACUGGGAACUGAGGAUACUACCUUACUGAGCAGUGACCGUAUAUACCACCAGGCCUUGCCUGGGUACACAGCCGAGGCCCCAGGGGUGGGCGCUCCGUAUGCCAGGGGAGAUUCCAUUGAUCCCUCACACUCCAGUGGCCGUGGCUCAGCAGAGGCAGCGGAGGAUGAUGAAAUUCGAAUGAUCAAUGAGUACCCUCGUGUCAGCAGCCUGUCCUCAUCCAUGCAGGAGCAUGUAUCGGCCCGUGGCCCAGACUCGGGAAUCCAACAGGAUGCUGACCAAAUGUCCGAUAUUUCCACUGACCCAGGCAUGGACUGGUUUAAACACAAGAAAACCAGUGGCCUUAUGUUGCCAGGGCAACAGCAGCUGUACCGGGAGGAUGGUGCUGGUGGGUACGUGGGAGCAGGCUUGGGCCUGGGUGUGUGUCACACCAAGGACUAUGUCUUUGCAGAAGAUGGUCGCCCAUCAGCACAAGGCUCACUGACUGCUAUCGUCGCCAGUGAGGAAGAACUGCGAGGUAGCUACAACUGGGAUUAUCUCCUGAACUGGAGCCCACAGUUCCAGCCCCUGGCCAGUGUCUUCACUGAGAUCGCUCGGCUCAAGGAUGAGAAUGCCCCUCGCAAAAGCUUCCAAUCCAAACCCAAAGUGGACCCCAAACCUCGCAUUGACCCUCCCCCACUCAUCACCUCUGUGGCUCACCCCAGUGCCAUGUCAGUACCACCUCGAUUAGCAGUGAGCCGAAGCCACAGUCAUGUGACAGCAUUGCCACGCUCACCCAUCACCAGUGAUGCUUCAAUGACAUCAGCAGCCAUGUCACCCAGCUUCUCCCCUUCACUGUCUCCAUUGGCUACUCGGUCUCCGGCUGUGUCCCCAUUCGACGUUUCCCAAGGACCCUCAGCCUCCAUCAUUAGCACCGAGCACUCCUUAGACAAUCCAGAGGAUGUGGAGCUGCGGAUAUAGGUCCCAGCUAACACAGCAGCUGUGCUCCUCACUUAGUCCCUCUCAGUGCCACAAACUGCAGAUACCGGGCCACAGAUAUCACUGCAGAUACCCGACCACAGUUAUCACUGCAGAUACCCAACCACAGAUAUCACUGCAGAUACCCAACCAUAGAUACCACUGCAGAUACCCGACCACAGUUAUCACUGCAGAUACCCGACCACAGAUAUCACUGCAGAUACCCAACCACAGAUAUCACUGCAGAUACCCAACCAUAGAUACCACUGCAGAUACCCGACCACAGUUAUCACUGCAGAUACCCGACCACAGAUAUCACUGCAGAUACCCAACCACAGAUAUCACUGCAGAUACCCAACCAUAGAUACCACUGCAGAUACCCGACCACAGUUAUCACUGCAGAUACCCGACCACAGUUAUCACUGCAGAUACCCGACCACAGAUACCACUGCAGAUACCCGACCACAGAUAUCACUGCAGAUACUCGACCACAGUUAUC